UAUGUCAAAUGCUGUCACAGUUUUUCUUCAAAUCGUACUUCUGUGCUUCUUUGUCUAACUAAUUCUUGUGUAUAUUUACUAAAACUAUAAAAGUAAAUUAUUAAAAAAAUAAAGUGUCCUUAUUAAAUUCGUUAAAGCUAGGCGUUAUCGUCUAAUACAAUCGAUACUCAAAAUUAAUUUGUUUCACAUUGUGAGUGCAUUGACGAAGAAGUGAUUUGUUUUUUAGAUUUCACGGUAAUAUUUUAGCGCUUCUUUUUAUUACUUAAAAUGUCUGGAGUGCGUGUCGGUCGUGUGUCUAAGCGCAGAAGAGCAAAUCGUGCCAAGACGCGGUCAGUGUUGAGAAUGAUGGCAAUCAUGCAGGACAGGAACACUGAGGAGGUACCGCGGGAGUUCCUCGAGACCGGCCGGACGGGGCGGCGGAACGCCAUGCCGGAUAUCCUGCACCCGCAAGGCGCUGAAAUGACCACUGCGGACCUGCCCUCGAGGUUACAGAACCUCGUCACUUCGGACCCAGACAACCCCCAACCGGGUCCCUCAAAGGCGGACAUCGAACCGAACAAAGUCGACGAUGCGACGGCUAAGAAGGACUGUAGUUGAGCUACUUUCAGCUCGCAGUCCACAGGACUACACUGGACUUGCCCAAAGCUUGUAAUCUCAAUUAACAUAGUAUUACUAAGCAAUGAUGUAGCCCCACCUUAAGGUAUGAUAUAGACGUAGCUAGUGUUAAUUAAUUGACGAUUUUUUUGUUUUUGAGGCUGUCGAAAUUAGUAUGUAUUUUUUUUAUAUUUUCAUACAUAAAAGUAUCUAUAUUGCUGGACAAUAUUCGACCUUUUAUUUUAUGCGUUAUAGAUUUUUUAUUGCAUACAUUUUUAUGUGUUGCCAGAAAUUGUUUUAAUUAUUUACACAACUUCAGGUAUUUCAUGUAUGAAUACAUAUAUGUUAAACUGAUUGGUAGAUUUAAAAAACAUAGCAGCUACGGCGGUGUAUAAAAUAAGUAGUACAAAUAUUUGUAUCGAUGUUUCUUUCGUUUAAAACAAUUAUUAUUCAUUGUAUUGUGAUAUAUUUGCAUUGUUCCUAUAACGUUUCAUGUUUAAUAAAUAAAUAGUAAUUUACGUAUAUUGUAAAUAGUGGAAAAAGUGAGUUGUUUUCUACAUGGAUGUUGGCAGUUUUUAUUUAAUACUACACUGUAUUAGUUAGAGUUUUAAUUGAGUACAAUUGUGAUACUUUAUUGUAUUUUAUUAUAUAUUUAUUUAAAUUGAAUGUUAACAAUAGGUGGGGACACAUUUUAACUAAAACUUUAACGAACCAAAAUUGAAAGUAAAUUAUUCAAAAAUCUGAUAACAAAGUGCUUCUUGCUUUACUACAGAAUUUUCGUUAAAUUAAUUAUUUAUCCUCAUUGUAGUAUAAUAGAUAUGUGAAGGUAGUCGCAAAUUUACGAGUUAAAUCCGUACUCUUUAUAAAUACGUAAUAUGUUAUAACCACGAUGAAUAAGUAUAUGAAUAAACAGUCAUUUAGCGUGUAUAAUAUAUUCAUAAAUGUAGUUAGUUAUUUGAGUGUCUCGAAUUUGUAUAUUUUUGCAUAUAAUGGGUUUGGAGGAGCGCCAAUUGUAAAUGUGAAGUAAUUAGUACAUACUCGUACUAUCAGUGGCUAAGCCAGAGUUCAUUUUAGAAUUGCACAAAGCUUGAUACAUUUACUCGUGUGUGUUUGUUAUAUCGUACUGUUACACAAUCUCACUAUAUCACUGUAUUGAUUGUAGGAAAUAGUUGUUUCAUAGUACAACUUUUCAUUAAUGAUUCCUCAGUUACAACAGUUGUCUCGUGUUGAAAUACCUUAUUCUUAUGAGAACGCAAAUCUAAUUUAAAAGGUUUAAUUGUUAAAAACUCUUAUAGCUUUGUUAGGUAGAAGGCGUUCUACAGCGCAUCAGAGCGUAGUAAAAGACAAUUCCGCGUCAUAGCGAUCAGCAUCAUCGCGUCAGGUUAGCGCUCUGACGCGCGUCAGAAUGCGUUCUAUCUGACAAAGCCAUUUAUAUAAAAAAAUACAAGUUAAUUAUCAAACAUAAGGCAUAUAUUUUGAAAGACGUAUAUAAGUAUAUUUUAGAACCAGGUCAUAAAGGCGUUUUUGCAAUUUGAAUACGUUAUUCAGUAUCUUUAUCUUGUAUAUCUACAGAUAAUAACAGCGUCUAUAGAAAUAUAGAAGUUAGUUGUCGUCAGCAAUGUAACUACGUAUCUAAUAUUACUCAAUAUCUGUCUUACGAUUAUUGAACAGAGGAUAUUUUAUUGAUUUACGUCAAUAAAGUACUUAAAAUCAAACAGACUUGCCACCGUUCCUGA